AUGUUCUGGUCAUUGCUAAUUAUUAUAUCACUUUGCACCUUGAUAUGGUUUUGCUUGAAGUGGUUGAAGCUGAGAAUGUAUUGGGCGGAGCGUGGUGUGAAGCACUUGCCCGUCUACCCUUUCCUCGGGAGCUUAACUUUUUUAAUGAGGUACAAUCCGGCGAUAUGGAUGCGGAAUGUGUACGAACGCUUUGAUUCGCCGUAUGUCGGAAUGUGGGUGUUUUUUCGUCCGGCUGUGAUCAUCAACGACCCAGAAAUGGCGCGAAAUAUAUUAAUUAAGGAUGCCGCUGUUUUCAAAGAUAGAUUUCUGAGCUCCGGACCCUCCGAUCCGAUCGGACAUCUCAAUCUAUUCUCAGUGAAAGAUCCCCUUUGGUCAUUUUUGAGACGCCGUUUAACGGCUGUUUUCACCGCAGCGAAGUUGAGAGGGGUUUUCCGCAUAAUGCAACAAAAAUCUAAAGAGCUGGUUCAAAGAAUAGGAAUUGAAAUGAAGAAGAACCAACGUGUAAAUCUCAGGAUGAUGUUCACGGAUUUCACUACAGAUGUGAUUGCUGCUUCCGCAUUCGGAGUAGCAUGCGACGCUACACUCACAGGAGAGAGUCCCUUAAGAUCUGUCACUAAAGAAAUUAUGGAGUUCAGUGUGUUUAGGGGACUGAGCUGGGUCAGCAUUUUCUUCUAUCCUGAACUUGUCGAUAUUUUUGGAUUUACCUCUUUACCAAAAUCUGUAACGGAAUACUUUAAAAAAAUUUUUCGCAUGAUCGUUGCUGAAAGAGGAGGAUAUGACGUUGAGAUAAAAGAGAAUAGAGACUUGUUUGAUGCUUUGAUAAAGCUAAAACAAGACUGUCUAAAAGAGAAUAAAGAUAUUAGCGAGGAUACGUUAGUGGCUCAAGCAAUGGUUUUUCUGCAAGGAGGUUUUGACACCACUGGAUCUAUUUUCGCGUAUUGCGUAUAUGAAUUAGCAUUUCAUCCAGAAAUACAGAACAAACUCUACCAAGAACUUAUUGAAGCGGAAGAAAAAGUCGGUCACGCUGACUUCGAUAUGAACAGUCUUACUGAACUAAAAUAUUUGGAUUGUGUUAUUAACGAGACACUACGGAAAUAUCAACCAAUGGGAUGGUUAGACAGAAUGACCUCAAAAGAUUACAAACUUGACGAUCGUCUUACUAUAUCCGCGGGGACGCCUGUGUACAUAAAUGUUAUUGGAAUCCACUAUGAUCCAAAGUUUUACCCCGAACCAGAAAGGUUUAAUCCAGAUCGCUUUUUGUUAACAAACGAGAAAAAUACAUGUAUCACAACAUUUGUACCGUUUGGCGAAGGUCCGAGGAGUUGUAUCGGUCGUCGAUUCGCUAUGAUGAAUCUUCGGAACGCCUUAGCUACAAUCUUCCUUGCCUAUGAAGCUCGUGCCCUGCCAAAUACUCCGAAACCUUCAGAAGCGAAAAUUGAGACUAGAAAUUUGUUUCUUACACCCGGAGAACCAUUGCUAGUGGAGUUUGUGCCAAGAUUGUAA